GUGUAACCAGUAUAAUAUCUUAAACCGUGGCAGUGACCCGCUUGUAAUCUACUGUACAGCAGAGCGACAUCCACUUACCCACUUUUUUUUUCAUGUGUUUUAUAAUUUUUUGCUGACAAGUGUUGGCAACACUGAUCAACAUAACAAAAUAGAUCAGCUUGUCACACAUAUAUAUAAACAUAGUACGUAUGUUUAUAUAUUAUCUAUGGUCUUGUCAUGACAAAAUUACUUUCAGAAAGCAUUUCCUCGUUGGAAGCUACUGCGCUUGAAAUAAACUAAUCGACGGUGGUUGACAAUCGACUUCAAAAUGCAACUGUUCGUCCGUGGUCAAAAUGUACAUGCUUUGGAAUGUCAAGGAUUUGAGAAUAUUUUACAGAUCAAGAGCAAAUUGGCUGCUUUGGAAGAUGUUGAAGAAAAUUUAAUUUCAUUGUAUGAUCAAGGUCACCCACUUAAUGACGAUCAAAUUGUUGGAGAAUUAAUUAAUUUCAAUAUUGAUUUCAUUGUUCCAUUGCUUGGAGGCAAAGUUCACGGAUCCUUGGCUCGUGCUGGUAAAGUUAAGGGACAAACUCCAAAAGUUGAGAAAGUUGAGAAGAAGAAGAAGAAGAAAACUGGUCGAUCAAAAAGACGCAUUCAGUACAACAGACGUUUUGUAAAUGUUGUUCAGACUUUCGGACGCAGGAGAGGGCCAAAUGCCAACUCUUAAAUUGUAUAACUUUAUAUAUUUAAAAUAAAUAAUGUGGUGACA